AAUGUUUUGCUAAUAUCUUUAAAAUUACAUGUCGUGAUGUGUUCUCGGUCGACUUUAAUAACCAGUAAGGGAAUCAUCUCCUCACCUUACCAUCUUGUUACAUCGCUUAACACACGAUAUCUACUACACUUUAUUCAUUUCGACACAAGCUAUCAAUUUGACGUUGGGAAUGGAGGUUUGACCGCCGUAAAUGUGAUUAAAACGCUACAAAAUGAAGCCUUUCAUGGGUCCUAAAUAUGUUAAAAUAUUAAAAUAUGGAUUUUGAUUUACAAAGUGUUGUUUAGAGAAAAGAACGCGACCGCUUUGGCCGUCAGGGUAACACAACGAGGGCAGCAUUCCUCCACACCUCUCCCAUUAGAGGGGACUGGUAACCAGUGGGCGCAGCGCAGGUCCAGUCGAGCUCCCCGUCUGAACGCUGCACGCCGCGGCUCCUGGUUCUCAAGCAAAGCUACAUCGGAGGAGGAAGAACAGGGGGUUUUCGGAUAUCAUCCAACCCAGUGACUGUAUGCAACGUUCGGCUGAUAGAAGCAGAGCCCGUCGUGUUGGAGGAUUAGGAUGUCGGAGUUCCUGGUGAGUCUGCUCGGAGAGCGGCUGGUCGACAGUGAGCAAGCCGAGGUGGACGUGCAGGCGCUGGGCGGCAGGUUGUCCCUGGUCGGGCUCUACUUCGGCUGCAGCCAGAACGCCCCGUGCAAGCAGUUCAAUGCCAGCCUGUGUGAGUUUUACAGCAAAUUUAAGAAAACCUCUGAACAUAAGGAUAAAUUGGAGAUCGUCUUCAUCUCGUCCGACCAGGACCAGAAACAUUGGCAGGACUUUUUACAGGAGAUGCAAUGGCCUGCGUUGCCGUUCAAAGACAGACACAAAAAGAUGAGGCUGUGGAACAAGUACAAGGUGACCAGCGUGCCGUCGCUGGUGUUCGUGGACGCGGCCACGGGGAAGGUGGUCUGUCGGAACGGGCUGCUGGUGGUCCGGACGACCCUAAAAGGCCUGGAGUUCCCGUGGGGGGCCAAGCCGUUUGCGGAGGUGGUGGCCGGGCCCCUGCUGAGGAACAACCGGCAGGCGGCGGACAGCGGCUCCCUGGAGGGCCACUACGUCGGGGUCUACUUCUCAGCACACUGGUGCCCCCCGUGUCGCAGUCUGACCCGGGUCUUGGUGGAGUCGUACCGUGCCAUCAAGGAGUCGGGUCAGAAGUUUGAGAUUGUGUUUGUCAGCGCAGACAGGUCUGAGGAGUCGUUCCAACAGUACUUCAGCGAGAUGCCCUGGCUGGCCGUCCCCUAUUCAGACGAGGCGCGCCGGUCACGGCUCAACAGGCUCUACGGGAUACAAGGGAUCCCGACCCUCAUCCUAUUGGACGCGGAGGGUCACAUGAUCACGCGCCAGGGCCGCGUGGAGGUGCUGAACGACCCCGGCUGCCUGCUGUUCCCAUGGCACCCGCGGGCCGUGCUGGAGCUCAGCGAGACCAACGCCGUGCAGCUGCACGAGGGGCCCUGCCUGGUGCUGUUUGUGGGUGAACGCUGAGAGGAGGGGGAGCUGGAGCCGGCCAAGGAGCUGGUCCAGCCCGUCGCCCUCAAGCUCAUGGCCGCGUCCAAGGCCAAGGACGAGGAGAUGCCCCUGCUGUUCUUCGUGGCCGGAGAGGACGACAUGACGGACUCCUUGCGGGACUACACCAACCUGCCCGAGGCGGCGCCGCUGCUCACCAUCCUGGACAUGUCCGCCCGCGCCAAGUACGUGCGCGACGUGGAGGAGAUCACGCAGGACGUCGUCGACCAGUUCGUCAGCGACUUCCUGGACGAGAAGCUCAAGCCCGAGCCCAUCUGAGGACCGGACCCCCGCGUCUAAAGACUCAAAGCCCUCCUCCCCAACCCGCCCCGAUCUUCAGACCCCCCCCCCCCCCUUGUUGCUAUGCCCCUCCCCCUCCCCCCGACUCUGUCAGACUGUUAGAGACUUGUCGACUGACAUCUUACAUCUUUCGGUUGUUGUUUUUUUACUCGCCCCUCUUCCAUGGAGUCCGCUCCCCUCCUGUGGUGCCUUGCGUUGACUGAAGCCCCCACAGUAAGAUACAUAUAAAUACAUCUAUGUGUUUAUAUGCAUUAGCUGCUUGGUCUGCAGUCAAGCAUUUAUUUGUUUUUGUUCCCCCCCUCUCCAGAAGACACCAGCCCGUGAGCCGAUGGACCUACAUACGUACUUAGCGGCGAGAGCCUUGUUACAUUUGGUUUUGUGAUACCAGCCGGGGAAAGAAUAGCUGGCAGAUGAGAUGUUCACCGUACACGUGUGCUAAUGAGCCAGUUGGAUGUAGCUGUUCGCUUUUUAAGGCAAUCUCUGUUGUGUUUGACUGAACAUGUCGUAAAGGACUCGAUAUUUCCUAGGAAUAGGCUUAACUUAAUCCUGUCUUAUUCUUAUGGUGGUUUUCAUCUCACCACUCGCAGGGAUUUUCAGUGAAGGUCCCUCCGAUUCAAAAGGCACGACACGCUUUGCGAAGAGAUUGUAUAAUUGUUGUGUAACUUCUUGCCAUUGCCAGGUUGUAUUUCAGCUCACGACUUCACAAUCAUUAAAAAUUCACUGUCAAGCACAAA